GGGUCCGGUCCGCGCGGGGCUGCUGGAGAAGAGGCUGCAUGGCGAGGUAGUGCCCCGAGCCGAGGCCUGCGGCGUUCGGGGAGCCAGGGAGUCGAAGGGAGCGGCGGAGUCGGUAUGGAGGGGCGCGCCUGAUGUCCGGGGUCCUCAGAUGGCAGCUAUCGGAAGGAGAUAGGAUCAUGGCAGCAGAUGAUGACAAUGGUGAUGGAACAAGUUUAUUUGAUGUCUUUUCUGCUUCUCCUCUUAAAAAUAAUGAUGAAGGUUCUUUGGACAUAUAUGCUGGUUUGGACAGUGCUGUUUCUGACAGUCCUUCCAAAUCCUGUGUACCAUCCAGAAGUUGUUUGGAUUUAUAUGAAGAAAUUCUUACUGAAGAAGGAACUGCAAAGGAGGCAACAUAUAAUGAUUUGCAAGUAAAAUAUGGAAAAUGUCAGCUACAAAUGAAAGAGCUGAUGAAAAAGUUUAAGGAAAUACAGACACAGAAUUUCAGCUUAAAAAAUGAAAACCAGUCUCUUAAGAAGAAUAUUUCAGCACUUAUCAAAACUGCCAGAAUGGAAAUAAACCGCAAGGAUGAAGAAAUAAGUAAUCUUCACCAAAGAUUGUCCGAGUUUCCACAUUUUCGAAAUAAUCAUAAAACUGCAAGGACAUCAGAUAAAAUCUUAAAUCAUAAAUCCAGAUCUCCCCAUUUGAAUGAUUGUGCAAAGACCGAUCACAGAGUGAAAAGUGAUGUUUCUAAAGAUGUACAUCAUAGCACUUCACUGCCAAACCUCGAAAAGGAAGCAAAAUCACAUUCGGAAAAAAAGAGCACUUUGCAUUUUCCUACAUCUACUGAAAAACACUGCACCAAUGGCAUUUGGCCACGUUCCCAUUAUCAGGUUGGUGAGGGUAGCUCAAAUGAGGAUAAUAGAAGAGCGAAAAAAGAUACUGGAUAUAGCCAAUAUAGUAGAGGAACCGAUAGAAUACGAAAAGAUGUAAACACUAGCUGUGGUGAUGGUGAACCAAAGAACGUAGAUGCUAGUCAAAGGCUACAAGGACGUACUGAGAAAUACAGUAAAAGUGAACCAAAGGCUGAAAGCAAAAAUUCAAAGUUUAAAAGUAACACAGAUUUGGAUUACAAAAAUGAACGCAUUAGCUCUUUUGGGGAGAAAGAAACCUAUAGAGAGAGGUCACACACUCGAGUAGAAUCCCAGAGUGACAAAAAGAUAGAAAGGCAAAGUGAAAGAUCACAAAAUAUAAAUAGAAAAGAGCCUAAGUUACAAGACAAAGAAGAAAGAAAAGUUGAUCAGAAACCUAAAUCAGUAGUAAAAGACCAAGAUCAUUGGAGAAGAUCUGAACGAGGAUCUCUUCCUCAUUUCAGGAAUGAAAAACCAAAAUCUUCUCAUAAUUCAAGUAAAUACCAUCUAGAAGAGAGAAAAGGAAGGGAAGAUUGUAAAAGAGACAGGGGUGUGAGUAAUCAUAGUUUUCAAGAAGGAAGAUGUUCAUCUUCUCUUUCAACCAGUAGAACUCACAAACACACUAACUCCAAGGAAGCUGAAGCUGUGCACCAAUGGGAAAACACACCUUUAGAAACCGAAAGGCAUAGAACUGAAGAGAAGAGGAAAAGAGAACGAGAAAGCAAAGAAGAAAACAGGUAUAUGAGAAAUGAAAAAAGAACACCUAUAGAACAUUUGCAGAAGACUAACAGAGAAACUAAGCAGACCACAACUGAUUUAAAGAGACAGAAUGAGCCGAAAAAUGAUAAAGUCUCUAAUAAUGAUGUUUCUGAAGGUGGCGAUAAUAAAGACCUUGCAAUUAAAGCUGAGAGUGGUCCAAAUGAAACAAAAAACAAAGACUUAAAGUUGAGUUUUAUGGAAAAAUUGAAUUUAACUCUUUCUCCUGCUAAAAAGCAGACUGUUUCUCAGGGUAAUCAGCAAAAAAUAUCCAACACUCCCAAAUCCAGUGGCAUAUGUGAUUUGGAGUCCUCGGCGCAGGAUAAAACAGUGACAUGUGUUACCUCUGUGAGUAAACAUAAUAUGGAGGAAACCAAAUCAAAGUUACUAGAAGCAAAGGAUGUUCUUGCAGCAGGAUCUGAACCCAGGACCGUGGUUCCAGAAGGGAAGAUGGAAGAAGAAAAUAGUUUGUUAGUUAAACCUGUUGAGAACACUGUGCACGGUGACAUGCCCAUUUGUGAUCCAGAGACUUCCUCGGCACCUGUGGAAAUGGAACAGACAGAACCUUUGUUGGCGUCACCGGCAGAAACUGAGCAAAGCAUCAGUGGUGCAAAGCCCGCAGUUCCUGUGGUGGUGGACAUAUUACCGACCAAUGUUUCUCAGAACUUUGGCUUAGAAUUGGAUAUCCAAAGAAAUGAGGAUUUAACUUCUUGUAUUUCUGAAGAUAGGGAAAUGAAGGAGGCUUUUUCAACCGCAGUGGCCAAAUCCAGUGAAAUUGUUUUGCAGCCUUCAUUUGAAGAAGCUGGCAAUUUGCCAGUACUUUCAGAAGCUGGUAACCCCAAAUUUGAGCCUUCCCUAGUAGAUACACCACUGGUUGAGAGUAAGUCUUGCUUACCUAAAGAGACUCUAGAAUCUUCACUUCAGCAGGCUCAGUUAAUGGACCACAGACUAGAAACUGGUGAAACAAACUCAGUGUAUCAUGAUGAGAACUCGGUUUUAAGCAUUGACCUUAAUCACCUCAGACCUAUUCCAGAAAUCAUCAGUCCUUUGAAUAGUCCAGUGAGACCUGUAACAAAAGUUCUUAGACUGGAAAGCCCAUCUCAAGUAUCAUUAUGUAACAGUCAUAAAGAUGUGUUUCCACCAAAUUCAGCUCAUUCUACCUCCAAGAAUCAGUCUGAUCUCAACAAGGAAAAUCAAAAACCAAUUUGCAAAUCUGACAAAUUUACAGAAGCAGAUGCCCAUAAGAAUUCAUCUAUAGAUGAAUUAGAAGAAGGAGAAAUUCUAAGCGACAGUGAAAAUUCUAAACCACAAAAAGGUUUUGAAAAAAGUGCCAAACCUAGAGCUACUGAAGUGCACAACACAAAAAUUAGCCCCAGAAGUAGGAAAAGUACUGUGCAUUUGGAUAAAGACAAUAGGAAAACAUCUAUAGCAAUUCAGCAGACCAAAAGGACAUGGAAUAAAAGACAAAGGGAAUCUAGCAGGUCUUCAAAAACAGAGAAGAAGGAUAAGACAAUGAGCACUUCCAACCUGGAAAAAAUAGUUCCAAUUAUUGCUGUACCCUCUCGUGUACGAGAGGUUAUGCACAUGUUACGAGUGAUAAGAAAACAUGUAAGGAAAAAUUACAUGAAAUUCAAGGUGAAUUUUCCACUAAAACAAUUUCAUAGAAUUAUUGACUCAGCAAUUUUGAGUUUUACAUCACUAAUUAAACACAUUGACUUAUCUAAAAUCUCUAAGUCAGUGACUAUUUUACAGAAGAAUCUCUGUGAUGUUAUAGAAUCCAAACUUAAGCAAGUUAAAAAGAAUGGCAUAGUGGAUCGUUUAUUUGAACAGCAGUUACCAGAUAUGAAAAAAAAAACGUGGAAAUUUGUAGAUGAACAACUUGAUUAUUUGUUUGUCAAGCUUAAGAAAAUCUUAAUAAAGUUUUGUGAUUCCACAAAUUUUGGCAGUGACAGUGAUGAAGGAAAACUUGAAAAGAUAGAUAAAGGGAAAACACAACAGAAGGGGAAUGUGCACAACUCCAAGGAAAUGCGGAAAGAGAAAUCCCUCAAAUCAGAAGAUUCUAUUUAUUGUAAGUCUUUACUGGGGUGUAAAAAAUCGGAGGAAAAACAUCAAGACCAAAAUAACACCAGUAUUAGCACAGUAAAGGACGACAUUAAAAAGAGUUUUAACACUUGUUUUGAUAAUAUUAAGAACUCUCAAUCUGAAGAGCACUCCUUGGACCUAAACUGUCCGAGCACCCCAAAGCCAGGAAAAAUGGAAGGCAGCACCAUUGAGGAUGCACAGACAUCCCAGCAUGCAGGCUUGAAGCCAGAACGCUGUUUUGAGAUACUUACUGAACAGCAAGCAUCUAGCCUUACUUUUAAUUUAGUGAGUGAUGCACAGAUGGGUGAAAUAUUUAAAAGUUUGUUGCAAGGUACUGAUCUUUUAGACAACAGUGUUAACUGUAAUGAAAAAAAUGAGUGGGAGUUAAAGACUCCAGAGAAACAGCUGGAGCUGUGUGAAUCUAUACCAGCUUGUACAACAGAAGAGCUAGUUUCAGGGGUGGUUUCUCCGUGUCCUAAAAUGAUUAGUGACGAUAAUUGGUCAUUAUUAUCAUCUGAAAAAGGUCCAUCUCUGUCUUCAGGGCUUUCGUUGCCAGUUCAUCCUGAUGUGUUAGAUGAAAGUUGUAUGUUUGAUGUGUCUACCAACAUAGCUUUAAGUAAAGAUAAUAUAUGUAGUUCAGAAAAGAGCAAGCCCUGUAUUUCUUCCAUACUUCUUGAAGAUCUAGCAGUAUCUUUGACAGUACCAUCACCUCUGAAGUCAGAUGGCCAUCUCAGUUUCUUAAAGCCUGAAGUUUUGUCUAGUUCAACUCCUGAAGAAGUAAUUAGUGCCCAUUUUAGUGAAGAUGCCUUACUCGAGGAAGAGGAUGCAUCUGAACAAGACAUUCAUUUAGCUCUGGAGUCUGAUAACUCAAGCAGUAAAUCCAGUUGUUCUUCGUCAUGGACAAGCCGGUCUGUUGCUCCCGGAUUUCAGUACCACCCUAACCUACCCAUGCACGCUGUGAUAAUGGAAAAGUCCAAUGACCAUUUCAUUGUGAAGAUACGGCAUGCAGCACCACCUACCUCCCCUAGUCUUACACAGAAUACGGGGGAUAGUGAGUCAUUAACGUCUUUGCCCAGAAUGGCAAAGGACGCUGAGGAAGCAGCAGAGAAGGAAUCUAGUUUAUGUCAGAACACAGCUUUUGAAUCUGUGGAGGAAUUAAAACAUUCCGACAAAAAUGUUGACAGCAGUAAAGCAGCUCGCGAAGAGCAGGACUGUAUGAUGCAAACACAGGUACCUGAUAUAUAUGAGUUUCUUAAAGACGCUUCGGGCAAAGCGGGUCAUCGUAAUGAAGUGGCUGAGCAGUGCUUCAAGUUGCAUCAAGUAUGGGAACCAAAAGUGCCUGAAAGUGUGGAACAAUUGCCUCUGAUGGAAGAAAUUCCACAUUCUGUUGAGGGUCGUCUUCCAAACACAUACGUAGACCUCACGAAAGAUACAGUCACUGAGACCAAAAACUUGGGGGAACUCAUAGAAGCAGCAGUUUUAAAUAUUGAUCAGUUGGGAUGUUCUGGAAGCAAUUUGGAUCAAAAUGCUCAAAUAUUAGACACUGUGCAGCCUGGUACUGUUGAUGCUUUUAUUGAUUUGACAGAAGAUGUUUCAAGUGAGAGUAAAAAUGAAGAUAACUGUCCUGCUUUAGCUGUUGAACACUUGGGGUGUGAGGUGUUAUGUGUAGAUGAAGGUAACUGUAAAGAAGAGAAGGUGCAAGUGGCAGACAAGCCUGUGGAAUGCAUUGUUGAGGAAGCCUGUAUCGAUUUGACCUUGGAAUCUCCCAGUUCAUGUGAAGUGAAAAAGGAGGAUUUAAAAUCGGAGCUGGCAUCAAAUGCUGAUAGUUCAGAGUUGCCUGGGGCUUUGGAUAAUGCUCACAAGAAGAGAAAAAACCUUUCUGAUCUAAAUCAUUCUGCUCAGAAAAGACAGAGAAAGGAAACAGAUUUAACCAGUAAGGAAAAGACCAAGAAAAUAUCUCCAAAUUCUGGUGAGAAUGGUGAAGCUCACCGAAGGAAAGCAAACAAGAAAAAGGCCACUGCAGUGAUUAAAGACCCCUCAUCAUUGAAGGCAAGCCCAGGGAUGAAGGACCCAUCACCAGCAUCUGGCACUUCUCCUGUAAGCCUUUCUGCAAAAAAUGUUGUUAAAAAGAAAGGAGAAAUUAUAGUUUCAUGGACAAGAAAUGAUGAUCGGGAAAUUUUAUUGGAGUGUCAGAAAAGAGGGCCAUCAAUGAAAACAUUUUCUUAUUUAGCUGCCAACUUGAAUAAAAAUCCAUCUCAGGUCUCCGAAAGAUUCCAGCAGCUAUUGAAGCUCUUUGAAAAGUCAAAGUGCAGGUAGUUAGUGGUUACACUACAGGAGACUAGUAAAGUAAAUGGUUGACACUCUUAACUGUGCAGUGAAUGGCCUGUUAGUCAUUGAAGAUGUGAAGAGUGGGUGAGAGACGUCCAGUUGAGUUCCUGCCUUGGUCUCAGGUUGGAGGAUGAUUGCUGGUGCAGGCUUCUAAGGUCAUCUCAUCUACAGGACGUGCUCCGUGAAGCCUGCUGCCGUUCAGAUCAGCAUGGCAUUUCUCCUCAACCUUCUGAUUGCUGAGGAGUCUAACGUGGGGGUCGGGGGCAAUCCAUUUGAUGAUUAAUACAACUUUUUUUUUAUAGAUGAAGAAAAAUAAAACAUUCUUGAAUAGCAGUAUGUUUCAUAGGCAAUGAUGUCUGUGCCGUCAUCGUACUUUAGUAUUUUUCACAUUAAAUUAUUUUUUCACAUUUUUAAUUAGGAAUGCUAAAGUACUUUAAAACACAAAACAUAUAUUCAUAAACAUGAAAUCCAUUGUCAGCUGAAAAGAUGACAUGAUUUACCAUCUUAAAUUAUUAGUAAUGUCCACAGACGUGUUUCCUGAGUUUCUUGAAGCUAUUCUGGUACAGGUUUAUUAAGGCAAUACUGGUUUAUCAGCAGGAUUUCUCUGUAAGACCUUAAUCAGUUGCUUAAAUAUAUCACUAUUUCUCAGUUGAUUUGUAGUCAUAAUUACUUAAAUGCCGAACAUCCAAUUUUAAAUUAAGUUCAAAUUAAAUUAAAUCUGAAUAGAAACCAUACUUGGCCAUAGACUUCAGCGUGAAGGGUUCUUAAUAUAUUUGAGUGGUAAAUCUGUUUCUAGACCAGAUGUAAAUUACCGUCUUUAGAAACUGUUCAUUUCAGUAUCCUCUCAAAGCAACUAGUUUGCUAAUGAGAUGCUCAGGAGAUAUUACUAUGAAGGUAAAAUUUCAUUUAUAUAAUUCAGAAUGUGAGACUUAAUAAAAGGGAAUUUGAAGGAAAAGCUUAUUCUAAAGAACCUUUAAAAAUAUAGUUUAAGGUAAAAAUGGCCUGAUUAUUUUUCAGAUUUAUUGUGCUUUAAAAUUUUCACUGUCUGUAAGAAAUGAAACUGAGUUUUUUAUUUUGAACCUGAAUGUUACCUUAAAAGAUGACUUCUAGUCUCUUGUAAAGAUAACGUAUAUUCAUGGAAGAAUUAACUCGUAUUGGGAAGUGAUGCUUAUUAGUUUGAAAUUUCCAAAAUCAAUUCCAUUACAAAUCUAAAAUCUUUUAUUGGAUUUGAUAUUGGAGAUUUUAUUGGCCUGCAUGACAGUACAAUUAAUGGGUUAUUUCAUUUCUGGCUUGCCUUUAACUGAUUUUUCCCCCCAAGUACUAUAGUCUGAUUGAAUUCUUUUCAAAAUCAGUAUAAUGAUAAAGUUCCCAAACUGAUUUUGUAGAAAGCUAGUUCUUUAACAUCGAUAUUAUCUAAGUAAAAUUCAUUUAAAAGAUCAUUUUAGGAAAUGGUCGUAUCAGAAAAAUAGAAUCAUAACUUCAGCAUUUUCUUACAUUACAGAUAAGUUGCUGAAUUCCUUGGAGUCUUAAUUGAUAUUGCAUACUACACAGAAGUUUGGAAUUCCUCAUGUUUUAAAUGGGGAAGUAGAGGGCAAUUUUAUGACAUUUGAUUACUGUAUAAUAAUUACAUGUUAUUACUUGCUGACUCUUUAAUCUCAAGUCAGCAUGUUCUGCUUGUUCCAGUCAUCAGUCUGACUUGCUUACCUGUUACUGGUCCAGAUACUCAUUUUUAAACAGGUUGGGAUUUGUUAUUAACAGAAAAGCAACGAUAUAGUAUCAAAACUUUAGUUUUCAUAUUUCAAAGAAAUGACUUUCUUUUCUAGAUUUUUAAUAGUUUUGUAGCAUUUUAAAUUUAGUUCAUUUUCAUCUGUUUUUAUUUGCUUUUCUAAUUGCCUCUCCUCACUUUGGUAAAUUGUAAAGUAAUUUAAAUAGUCUAUCUGUAAAUAUGUAUACUUAAAAUAAUGUAAAGUACUUUGUGUGUGUGUGUGUGUGUGUGUGUGUGUAUUUGUGUGUAUACACACACAUAAAUGGCUUUGCCUAGCCAAGGAUUUUUUUUUAUCUGUAUAAAACUUUUUGUACAAAGUUUGCUUUCAAUACCAGUAAUGUACAAAUAAAACCAUGUAAAGUUCUGUUAUA